CUACACUCGUUUUCUAUUGGCCGUGAGAAGCCCCGCAGCCUUCGCUGAGCUGGAGAAAGAUGGCGGCAGCCGUGCGACAGGAUUUGGCCCAGCUCAUGAAUUCGAGCGGCUCUCAUAAAGAUCUGGCGGGCAAGUAUCGUCAGAUCCUGGAAAAAGCCAUUCAGUUAUCUGGGGCAGAACAACUAGAAGCUUUGAAAGCUUUUGUGGAAGCAAUGGUAAAUGAGAAUGUCAGCCUCGUGAUCUCUCGCCAGUUGCUGACUGAUUUCUGCACACAUCUCCCUAACCUACCUGAUAGCACAGCCAAAGAAAUCUAUCAUUUCACCUUGGAAAAGAUCCAGCCUAGAGUCAUUUCAUUUGAGGAGCAGGUUGCUUCCAUAAGACAGCAUCUUGCAUCCAUAUAUGAAAAAGAAGAAGAUUGGAGAAAUGCAGCCCAAGUGUUGGUGGGAAUUCCUUUGGAAACAGGACAAAAACAGUACAAUGUAGAUUAUAAAUUGGAGACAUACCUGAAGAUUGCUAGGCUAUAUCUGGAGGAUGAUGAUCCAGUCCAGGCAGAGGCUUACAUAAAUCGGGCAUCAUUGCUUCAGAAUGAAUCAACCAAUGAACAGUUACAGAUACAUUAUAAGGUAUGCUAUGCACGUGUUCUUGAUUAUAGAAGAAAAUUCAUUGAAGCUGCACAAAGGUACAAUGAGCUCUCUUACAAGACAAUAGUGCACGAAAGUGAAAGACUAGAGGCCUUAAAACAUGCUCUGCACUGUACCAUCUUAGCAUCAGCAGGACAGCAGCGUUCUCGGAUGCUUGCUACUCUUUUUAAGGAUGAAAGGUGCCAGCAACUUGCUGCCUAUGGAAUCCUCGAGAAAAUGUACCUAGAUAGGAUCAUCAGAGGAAAUCAACUUCAAGAAUUUGCUGCCAUGCUGAUGCCUCACCAGAAAGCAACUACAGCUGAUGGUUCUAGCAUCUUGGACAGAGCUGUUAUUGAACACAAUUUAUUGUCUGCAAGCAAAUUAUAUAAUAAUAUUACCUUUGAGGAACUUGGAGCCCUUUUAGAGAUUCCUGCAGCUAAGGCAGAAAAGAUAGCAUCGCAAAUGAUAACAGAAGGACGUAUGAAUGGAUUUAUUGAUCAGAUUGAUGGAAUAGUUCAUUUUGAAACACGAGAAGCCCUGCCAACAUGGGACAAACAGAUCCAAUCGCUUUGUUUCCAGGUGAAUAACCUUUUGGAGAAAAUCAGUCAGACAGCACCAGAAUGGACAGCACAAGCCAUGGAAGCCCAGAUGGCUCAGUGAAUCCUUGCAGACCUUCUGUGCACAUUACAUCUUUUUCCAUGUUGUACAGAUUAAUUUCACUAUCUCUCAAAAGCGUUUGCAUCAUGACCUUACAUAUUUCCAUCCCUUUUAUGCUGGAUUCAAUUUAAAGAAGACAUUAUUAGAACAGGAAGUACAAGCAUUUAAAACUAUGUAGUUCCCAUUUAUUCAGGGUCUCUGUAUCAGGCUAACUCAGAUGUUUUGAAAGCUUUUUCUUUAAACAGAGUAGGUGAAGUAUCUGUGGCUAAAAAGUUUGGGAUUUGUGAUAACUUUGUAGUUAUGUAAAACUUAAGUGCUUGGUGCCUCUCCACAUGUGGUUAUCUAAUAAAUGGAGAAGUGAGCCAAAUAAAAGUAGUACUUUGUUUUUAAUUAGUGAC